AUGAUGGAAUCCGGUGUUUCCUUGAUAAAUUUCGGGGUGCUGUUGAUGAUUGUAACGAUGGUGGUGCAAGAUGUGCGGAUAGCUUCAAUUUGGACGAAGCGCGACCGAAUCACAACAGUCGGGGUCGGGGGUUGGGAAUGUGCGCGCAAUAUCAGAGCCGCAACACGCGAUAAACAGAGGGAAAAGUGCAUCAAACGAUGGAGAAAAAUUCGAGCAACAAAACAAAACAGUUAG